GGGUCACACAGCUAGGUCAGAUUUAACCUCAGGACCUCUUUUCUUUAGGGUUGAUUCUCUAUCUAUUGAGCCACUUAGCUGCCCUUCCAGGGAUUAACUGUAAAGGAGAUCAGAAAAGGCUUUUUGCAGAAAAUGGAAUUUUAGCUGGGACUUGAAGGAAGCCAGGGAAUUUAGGAACUGGAGGAUGAGGAGGGAGAGCAUUCCAGUGGGAUGUGGAGUGUAUUUUGUGAAGAACAGUAAGGAGACCAGUGUCAGUUAUGCAAAAGUGAAUAAAACGGGGAAUUCCAUCAAGGUGCUCUGAGCAGAAAGGGGAGACAAACAGAAGCAGACAUUUAAUAGUCCUUUAUUCCUACUGGUAGUUCACAUCAUUUUUCCUUUCUUUGCUUUUAGACCCUGUAUGUAACUGCCCAGGCAAUGUCAAGUCUGCAGACAAGACGCAAGAGGACCAGCUGAACAUAAUGGCGGAAGCUGACGACUUUGCCAGUCAGGAGCUACAUUUAGCUCCAUUCAAAGGGUCAGCGAGAAAGAGGAGAAAAUCAGAUCACAAGUGCCGAGUGUUUUCCCCACCAGAACAGAGUGCUCUUAAGGAGUAUGAAAAGCUGCAGUUAAGAACCAGGAGAGUUCUGAGUAAUACUUACCAGAAACUUAUCCAGGCUGCUUUUCUGGAUGAAGGCAUCCCUGGUGGGAUCAAGUAUCUUAUAAACCGACUUCUUGCCCUGAUUGGAAAGCCAUCCUUAGACCCCAUCUACAUUGGACUCUUUGGAGCAACUGGAGCUGGCAAGAGUUCUCUGCUUAAUGCCAUCAUCCAUCAGGCAAUGUUUUUGCCUGUGUCAGGAGAGAGUACGUGCACAUCCUGCAUAGUCCAAGUGAGCUCCAGCAGCUGUGAACAAUAUGAAGCCAAAAUCCAUCUUCUCUCUGACCAGGAGUGGAAAGAGGAGUUGCGGAAUCUCACCAAACUCUUGCAAAGGCCAGAGGAGGAGGAUGGAGAAGAUGACUCUUGGGACCGAGAUAAUGCUGUGGAGGAAGCCAUUUGGAAAUUGCAAGUGCUAUAUGGAAAUGGAGCAGAACGGAAGAGUUAUGAGGAAUUGUUGCGGGAAAAACCCCGAGCAAAGAUCCCCAACUCCAGGAUCAUCACCCUCAAGGGAGAAGAGGCAAAUGAACUCUCUGUAAAAUUGGACCCUUACAUCCGGACUCAGAUGAGGCAUACAGAUGGGAGACCAGUUAGGACCCAAAUAUGGCCCCUGAUCAAAUAUGUAGAAGUGACUCUUCCCAGAUCAGAAGUGAUUCCGGAAGGUGUGGUGCUGGUAGACAUUCCUGGAACAGGCGACUUUAAUAGCAAAAUAGAUGAAAUGUGGAAAAGGACUAUUGAUAAAUGUUCUGUGAUCUGGGUGAUCAGCGACAUUGAGAAGAUUUCUGGAGGGGAAACCCAUGAAGAGCUUCUCUGUGAAAGUAUCAAAGCUUGCCAGAGAGGAGUCUGCCAAGAAAUUGCCCUGGUGGCCACAAAGUCUGAUAAACUUCACCUACCAGAAUAUUUAAGGGAAAGAAAAGGAGAAAACUGGGAGUUUGAAAGUCAGCGUGAGGCAAUUUUGGAAAGAAACGAAGCUGUGAAUCAACAGAAUAACAGGACUCUCAAGGAAAAACUGAGGAGAAUAUUGCCUACUGACUCCAAGAUUCUAGAAGCUUCUGAUCUGGUAUACACAGUCAGUGCUCAGGAGUAUUGGCGGCAGGAGUUACUCAAUGAGGAAGAGACUGAAAUCUCCAAAUUAAGAGACUUUAUUAGGAAAAAGUUUCUGGAGAAGAAAAGGAAGACUGUGACUGACUAUGUUACAGAGGCUUUUGGGGUCCUAUUGCUUGCAGACACUUUGAACUCUCAGGAUGGUCUGACGAAUGAAUUCUUUCACUUGAGCAGCCUUCGGAGAUUUGUGGAGGAGAGAAUACAGUUGCUGCAGACGGAUGUGGACCGCUGCUUUUCCAGGGUACAACAUCCUUUGCAGGAAGGAGUGAGAAAUGCACGGGCUUCCUACCGGAGAAUCCUCAGUGGAUGUCUGACUAGGAGCAAGGGAAAUCAAGGUUUCCAUCAGACCCUGAAGGCUGUUUGUCUGAGAGAUGGUGUCUAUGCCUCCAGGACUCUUGCCAGAAUAGACCUGAAUGAAGCUAUCACUCAGCCUAUUUAUGACAGUGUAGAUCCUGUUUUUGGAAAUAUUUUCAGGGUUGGGAAGGACACCAGUUCUGCACUGAUCUUCCACAUAGAUACUUUCAAGCGCUCCCUGCAAGAGAAAAUGGCAGAAGUGAUGAUAAAAAGAGGGUGGAAAUCUGACAGCUGUAAACAUAAUUUUCUGGUCCAGGAGAUAAAUGCUAUCUUGGGAGACCUGGAAGGACAAAUCCUCAGGAAGAAGAAGAGAAUCUAUGAAUCUCUCUGCAGCUCUAUUCAGAAUGAUUUGAAACUAUGCUACGAAGAGGCUGCUCAUAUAACUGGCAAGAAAGCCUGUGAGAGAAUGAAAGAUGCCAUCAGAAGAGGUGUGGACAGACAGGUGGCCGAGGGUUUAUUCGAAAGGGCCCAAGAAAGGAUGAAGACUCAAUUCCAGCAGCUGAAGAAUGGAAUCAUAGAAAAGGUGAAGGGAAGUGUCUCCACCAUGCUGAUUCUUGCUUCACCCAGAGAAGACCUCUCCAAGGAACUAUCAGAUGUCAAGAGGGAAUACAGAGAAAUGGAAAAGUUGUAUAACAGCCUGAGAGAAAUUGCAGAGAAUGCAGUGAUGAGGAGGGGAAUGCAAGAAUUUCUUAUGAGAAUGUCACCAAGAAAAGUUAGCUACCCAAGAAAUUCAACUCUUGUCCUUUGUGAUUAGGCUGUAGGAUUUAGAAAUUGAGCCUGAAACCAACGGAAACAUUGAUGUUUGUAUAUUUAGAUAUCAGAAUAUAAUUUUUUCAGCCUUCCAGUCAAGAUAUCUUUUGGCAAUUGGGAUCUUUUUUUGGGGGGUCUGUGUUCCUCAAUAAACAUAAUUUUGUUUUGAGUGUAAUUAAA